AUGCACGAAGCCCGAUGUCUCUUGAGUCUCUAUGCCAAGACCAUCGAGCCAUUCGGAUUUGGCUUGCCCGACUUUCCUGCGUCUGCCGAGCUGACUCCCGUCAUCCUUUCGGCCAUCGCAUGCGUUGCCUCCCUUCACUCUCCCUCUUCCGACCUUCGUGCCCGUCAGCUGCAGCUGCGAGCCGACAUCCUCGACCGCACCCUACCCUACGCCCCGACGACCGCAGAAGACGACUUCAACCCAGAAAGCGGCAUCGGCACCGAAGAAGUCGUCGGUGCGUGCAUCUGGAGUGCCUACGAUGGCUCGGAAGACGCCUGGAAAGUAGCACGUGCUGCUCGAUGGUGGAGCGAAAAGUACAGCUACGAGACGGGUCCGCAUGCUGGCUUGACGGUCGGAGAGAUGGUCGCCAUCCUUCCACCUGUUCGACACGUCUCGAUCCACGACCGGGUCAGAGUGUGGCUGACCGCCUUUCUUGCCGAAUUGCACCAGUGCGAGAUUCACGACAAAGUGCCAAUCAUGCAGGUUGUCGAUCCAGCUCAGUAUAGUCAGGCUCUGAUGGCGGAGAGCAGCUCUGGCUCGAUGACCAAGCAGGACGCUGUGCUGGUAUUCUAUGCUCGAGUGGCGUUCUUGAUCGCUCGAGCUAGGCUGGAGUGUCGCAAUCCCGAAGAGCUGGUUCAAAUGACGCGCGACCUCACUGCCAGCUGGUGCACAACGCGGGCGCUUCUGGCGACGAAUCCAGACAGACGAGAUACGUACGAUCACACGCUGGAUCUGCACUACACCCUCGCUAAAGCGCAUGUCCUGUCUCGAGCAUGCCGAAUCUACGAAGAAAGAUCGGCAGCCAUGACAGCGCAAGACGACGUCGGAAUGACGACAGCCGCUUACGUCUCGCGCUCUCAGGCUUGUCAAACCGCAUGCCUGGACAGCUUGCAACUCUUGCUCAACCCGAACGCAGGUUUUGUCGGAAGUCUGGCAGCGCUGCCUUCGAUCUAUCUUUUUUGGAUCGCCCGCUGUGCCGUCUUUCUACUGGAGCUGUGCAGGAUCGACAGUUUGCAUCAUCGACUCGGUCUGCUCGUUCAAGGGCAGUCGGACGACAUUGUGCACACGGUAGGGAGGUUCAUGCAGCAGUAUCUGACCGACCUAGCCGCAUGCGAUACACAGAUCACUUUGCCGGGCCAGGGUGACUCGGAGCCCGUGUGCGAGGUGAUGAGGCAUCCGGCUAUGGAGGCUGCUCUGGCUGUCACGGAUCUGCUGGCGAGUGUGCAGGCGACUGUGUAG